AUGGGACAAAAAAUAAAUCCACUGGGAUUUAGACUUGGUACAACUCAAGGUCAUCAUUCUCUUUAG